AUGUUUGUGUUAACUGAUGAUAAACCUUUAAGAAUCGUAAUUCAAGAGAAGGCCUUAAUUCUCUGGGAAAAGAUCAUUAGAGUGCCUGGAUAUCUUUCACUCUGGAAUGAAGUUAAUCAAGAUCUGACUAGAAAUCUAAAGACCCAGAUGGGCUUUCUACAGAGAGUUUUUCAGUUAAAAAAUUCACUUGGUUUAAUGAGAACCAGAAUUACUUGUUCCACUACAAAACCUGGUCAAAAACCUGGGUCAAACCUGGGUCUUGACCUGGGUCAAAAAGUAACCAAACGUAAUACGGAUCCCUCUAUUUUGAGAGCCUUCGCAUUCGAAGUAUUAAACAUUUUUUACUCUGAGCCAGAGUGCCUUCGGAUCUUUACUGAUGGAUCCCUCCUGUCUGAUGGCCCUAAUGCAGGUGCCGGAGUUUUCUCUGAAAUUUUCUCUUUCUACAUCCCUGUAGGCCGAGGUUCUGAGUUUGACAGUGAAAUUGCUGCGAUUCGCACAGCUCUGUACCAGCUACCAUGUCCCCUGGAAAAAUUCACAAGAGCUGUUAUAUUCAGUGGUUCCCGAGCUGCUCUGUUGGCUAUCGUUUCACAUAAAAAUCCCACAUCACAAGACAUAUCGGAUUGUCGACAUUAUCUAAAAAAAACUGGCUUCACUUGA